AGGCAGAAAAUGGAAACUAUCAAGAGACUGAGGGGAAAACCGCUAGCGAUUCCUCCACUGGAUUUCAAUGGACUCCUGCGUCAGUGUUAUCGAUUGCUGUUGGCUUGGUGAUGGCGUACUACUCAGGAUCCACACACGGUUGGCUUAUGUCAACCUUACACGAGAACUUUCUAUGGUUCUCAAACAUCAAGGAGGUUGAGAGAGAGAUAUCCUUCCGCACAGAGACAGGGCUGUAUUACUCCUACUAUAAGCAACUCGUCAACGCACCCACUAUCUCACAAGGUUUGUACGAGUUGGUCCAUGACAACAUCACAGAACAUGGAAAAACUAUCAACAUCCUGGAGCGGUUUAACAUCUACCAGGAGGUGGUGAUGGCACUGCUGUACAGGCUCUUGUCUUUACAGAAAAUAGUCCAACCAGUGUACUUCUACAUCAAUGCUGUGUUUGGGCUCCAUGCUGUUUUGGUCAUGUCCUUAUAUGGAACAACCUGGUUGCUGUCUGGCUCCUGGCUGGCUGGAAUUUUAUCUGCAGCAUUUUACAUCUUCAAUAAAGUUGAUACUACCCGGGUGGAGUUCACCAUUGCUUUGCGAGAGAGCUGGGCCUUUCCUUUCUGGUACAUGCAGAUGUUUCUCCUCACAGUGUUCUUCCAUCCAAACCUUCAUCGCAACCUUAAGAUGGCAACAGUCCCACUCCUGUGUGUGUGCACCUUCUGUUUUACCCUGACCUGGCAGUUUGCACAGUUUGCACUACUUCUCCAGGCCAUGGCUCUGUUUGGAUGUGCAGUCCUGGAUGUCAUCCCAGCACAAAAGAUCCGUCAAGUCUGGCUGAUCCAGGCAGGGAGUCUCCUGGCCGUGUGUGUCUGUCAGUUCUUCAACAGGAUGGUCCUCUGUUCCCUGGUCCUCAGCUUUAUCCCAUCUGCCAUGAUCAUCAUUACAUUCAAGGAGCGGGUUUUUACAAGAAGAGGUCUCCCAUGGCAGUUUACUGGACUUGUUCUUAAUAUCACCAUGGUGAUGAUAUCAAUGGUGCUACUCAACAAAUAUGUUAUCAAGACCAUUAUCGAAACGGAUGCAGACCAUCACAUUUUUCACUUUCUGAUGGGGAAGUUUGGUUUAAGUGGUGACCAAAGAGACUUUGAUGCACAGCUGUAUCUUUGUGAAACUGCGUUUGGGGUUCUCCCGUUGGACACGUUCGUGCGUCUCUCUAAGCACCUUGUGUUUCCCCUGUAUGCCGUGGUCCACCUCUGUGCUCUACUGGUUUUGAUGCAGACAGUUCUACAAAAUUGGAGGACUCCUGUCUGUGACACCGGAGAUCCAGCCACGUGGAAUGAUGCACAGAAUCCACCUCUCUCAUCAGCACCCUCUCUGCUGUCACAGCGGCCACAGCUUGCCUAUCAUACCAUUUCUGCUGCCGUGUUUGGCUGUCUAGCCGUCUCGACCUUGAGGUUCAAGUACCUGUGGACCCCACACAUGUGUGUGCUAGCUGCAGCUGGUGUGGCUGAUCAUGAGACAUGGAAAAUCCUUCUGAAAAAGUUGCAUGUUGACCUGUCAGAGAGUAAGGUACAUCUAUGUAGACAUGUAGUCACAGCUGGGAUAUUGGCAAUGCUGUUUGCUGUGGCCCUGCCAUCAACUCUAGAGGAGCUAAAUCUACUGAAGGAGUUUCAUGACCCAGACACAGUUCAGCUCAUGGAGUGGAUCAAAAAAGAAACCCCCAGGAGUGCAGCUUUUACUGGCAGUAUGCAGCUUAUGGCAGGUGUGAAACUCUGCACAGGACGUCCAAUCACCAACCACCCUCACUACGAGGAUAGGGACCUGCGCAACAGAACCAAACAGUUGUACCAGAUCUAUGGUAGGAGACACCCUCAGGAAGUCCAUGCCAUUCUCAGAGCUCACAGCACCAGCUACAUCAUUGUAGAAAACAGCAUCUGUUAUGAGAGAGGUCACAAAGUGGGCUGUCGACUGCGAGACCUUGUGGACAUGACCAAUCAUCAUAUUAUCGAAGGGAUGACUAGAGGCUCAGAAGAUCAACCCCCAACACAUGCACGCUUUUGUCACGCUAUUCAAAGUGGGGCACCAGAGUAUAGAAAAUACUUCACCAUGGUUUUUCAGAAUAAAACUUUCCGUACUUACAAAGUAUCAUAAAAACUUAAGAAGACUCUACCACUCCUCCCUAUUUGGCUAGAGCACAUUAAAUUAAUGUUGACAUACAGAAACUUUCGUAGUUUUGACGUCGCAUACCGUUUCAAAACCAUCCUAGUGCAUGAUCAUCUUACACGUAUCUCUAGCAGAUGUACCAGUGGCAGACGAGCAACAUCCUUGCACAAGAUUGUUUCAGCACUUGGAUACUGCCUGCCCUCCAUAAGUAGAUAUGCUGGGUGUUUACUGAUCACAAUGUGUUAUACUUGGCCUCAAUGUCUUCUCUGUUAUCUGGUAUGAUAUUCUAAUAAUCUGUACUGCAUGGUACAUGUGCUGUUUCCUACCGAUUUAAUAGAAUUGAACUGUUAAUCCGCACACAUUUGACUUCAAUCGUUAUAAUUAUCAUAGAGUUACCUGUUUCCAGAGUUCAAUUAAAUCAAAAAGUUAUCUCUUCGAUGUGCUCUCUUUUCAGAAGAACCAUAUGUCUUAUGCAUGAAUGUUUCUUCACGGUUUACUAGUAUAGUCACAUUUCAUUCCUCUGUUAACUGCAAAUAACUGAGAACCAAGAGAUUAUGUUGGUGUGAAUAAAGUAAUAGAUAGCCCAUGGGAGGGACAUAGGGCCAGUCUCGCCCACCUUGGGGUCUCUAAGUCUAAGGGUGAACAGAGGAACUCAUGGACCUGGUAUAUCUUUAGCACAUGGCAAAUUUCCCCAAAGCUUCUCUAUUUCAUAACACUUGCAUAUUACUUUAUUACCCCACAGUUUUGGGCCACAGUCACACACUGCAUUUUUUUUUUUCAUUAAAAUUUUGAAUGAAAUAGACUCAAAACUUCUUUGAAAGUCCGAUACACAGAAAAUAGGUUUCUCUUCUUGUCUGAGGGAAAGUAGCCAUGUGCUAAGUGGAUCAAAAUCUUUAUUCUCUGAAAUCCCAUGGAUAUGGAUAUUGGCCUGCUAACUAAAUUCAAGAUGGCUAUGUACUUUGUCAACCCAACAAAUUUAACAUACAACAGAAGACAAGACAAGAUUAAGUCAAUUCAACAUGAUAACUUUAUUCCCUGCCCCUUGGAAAAUUCACAUAUCAUAAGUCAGACGUUGAGAUACAGGCAGAUACAAAGCAGCUCCCUAACUACUUCACAUACAUGUAGGGCUAAUUACUUUAGUAAUCUGGCAGCACUAUAGAUAACCAGCAAAUAAUGGUAGGUUAGUGAUGAACUACUCUGUAUCUUUAUGUGAACAUAACUUAUGCUUGACAUACAGUUCCUUGUUAGCGAUAACCAGUAGUUCCUCCCUACUUUUCCCUAGCUUACAAACGAAGACCAGCAAGAAGCUAUUUGCAAGCAAGGGAAGUUGCUUAAAAGCAUUUCCUUUCUAGGUGGAGUGUAACAUAACAGAAAAAUCUCUGUCAAAAAA